GUUGCGGCGAAGGCGAUGCAAUGACUGCGGCGGCGGCCGGAGCCUCGGCGGGCAGCGUGCGGGGAGCCAGGCCGAACCUCCGCCUUCCUUCCCGCUUGCAAGCGGCAGGUUUUGAAAGACCAUCCUGCGGCCAGCGGGGUUGCAAGGAGUUGGGCAAGGCCAUUCCCUGGCAGCGGCAUGGCCGGCGCCGGGGGAACCUGGGCCGGGGAGCGGGAGCCACUGCCGAGCCGGGAGAUGGAGCUGGAACCCCCCAGACCCCCGCCGCUGCCGGGAAAAACUCAGAGGGCCGUCGUGCGCGCCCGCUGCGCCAGCCUGGACCUGGGAGCCCCCGGACCACCAGCCCCCAUGCCGGACACCCCAGGGGACCCCCCGCCUCGACCCCCCGCCUCGGCCCUCAUCUACAGCAACGUGGGAGAACUGCGGGCCCACCUCGUCCCCCGCAAGGCUAGCCGAGGGGAAGGAGCCAGGAGAGCCCCCUCUCAGCCCAGCCGGGACCCCCUGCCUCCCCCAUUGCCGAAAAAGCAGCUCCAGCGAGCCGAGUCCCUCCCGGAGCAGGGGCCAUCCCGGCACUGGCAGGGUGACCCCACACCAUGGGCCGCCAGCAGCCUCUCCAGCAUCCCACCACCCCAUCCGCCGCACGAGGAGGGGGCUCCCAGCUCCAUCCCCCCGCGCGAUAGACCCUCCUGGGGACCCAAGAGGCCCCUGACCAAGUCCCAAAGCCUGGGGGAACCGGUGGCCCGGAGCAGCCCGUCGCCCAGCCCGGCAGAGGUGACAUUCGGGACGGCGGACGGCGAGCUGGGGCGGCUCCUGGAGAGCCCGGCCGGGGUGUGCGGGGUGGUGUUGGGGUGCCAGGUGGCCACCCUGGCCCGGCUCUCGGCUCGCAUCCAGGAGAAGCUCCUGGGGUCGGAGGAGCGGCAGCGGCUGCUGGAGGCAGAGCUGGCGGGGAAGGGCUGGGCAGCGUUCAGCGUCCUGGAGCGGGAGCCGUGCUGCCAGAGCGGGGACGCCUGGUAUUUCCCAGUGGGCUUCACUUUUGAGCAAAGCCAACUGGUGUUCGCAGCCAAGGUCCCCAAGCCGUGCUGCGCCAGCCUGGGGGUGCAGAGCUCCCUCGGGGCCCACUGCAGCAUCCAGCGCCUCAUCAGCCGCUUCACCGACCGCCUCCCUUGGGAGCUGGUGUUCCCGGAAAGCACCGAGGAGCAGAGUCAGUCCCCUUCCGGAGAGGAGCCAGCCCAUCUUCCCACCUGCCCUGUCCUGCAGGUCUUUAUUUCUCCUGAGGUUCCCUACCAGACCCUGGCAGGCUUUGUGAAGGGAACCCACAGUUUGCACAGGACCAGCCCUGGGCACUACGAACGCCUGGCUUGCCUCCUCCUCCUGCAGGUGUGCAUGGGGCUGGAGCACCUCCAGGUGCAGAACAUGGGGCAGGGGGACCUCUGCCCCGAGAACCUGCUGCUGGUGCAGUGCCCAUGUCUUCCCCAGAGCCAGCAAGGCAAGGAGGCAUCCCUGGGGCUGUCCCUUCCAAGGCUGCUCAUCAGCAGCUUCUUCAAAGUUAAAGACAAGCAAAGAUCUUGUUCCACCAGCCAAGAGCAGGAGUGGACUAAGGGGCUUGCUGCACCACCCACCCCAGUAGCAGACGAGCUGAACGUAGGCAUGCUGAUCUAUCAGAUCUUGCACGUGGACAUCUCUCUGGAGAACACCUUGGGGUUCAGAAGCAAUAGACUUCCUGAAAUCCCUUCCCUGUCCAUCUAUUCCACGGGACUCAAGCGCCUGGCCAUGCUACUUCUCCACACAGAUCCCUGCAAGAGGGUCUCCAUCGAGCAGGCAAGGAGCAUCCUGCAGGUCCUGCUCUGGGGGCCUCGCCAGGAGCUCUUCGCCAGGAGUAAGAAGUCCCUCACCCUGCUCCGGAACUGGGUGGAGGUGAAAAGGGCUCUGCUGCUCCUGAAGUUUGCGGAGAAUUCGGCCGGGGUGGCGGGGAGUCCUGGCCUCGAGGAGUGGUUGUGCUGCCAGUACUUCAAGGAGGUCACCGAACACACACUCUACCAAGUCACCCAGGCUCUCUACGCUCCCUGAAGGCAAGCUGAAGUUCAGCCCACCCAAAAACUCUCCUCGAAGCCAAGAGGCCAUGAGGACCUGGCCAAAUCCUGGAGCAGCUCACAAGGAACCUAAGCUGGUCCUGGCUGGGAAAACUCUGUUUGCGAACCCAAACCCACUUCCCCCACAGCACGUGAACGAUGAAGCUGGGACCAAGCUCCCACCCGUGGCUCCCACAACGCGGGGUGUGUUUUUACACCCUUGACCGAUUUUUGAUGUUUUGAGUCCAGUCUAUCAGAGCAUCUCAGGAAAGACGGCUGGAUGGAAGCCACAGGAUCAAGCACCAAUUUUAGUGGCUGAUUAUCCAAAGUUUAGGGGGCUUGGACUUUGCACAAAACCCCCUCAGACCCCACCUACGGCCAUGAGGCUUUCGCUGUUUUUAAUAACAAUGAUCUGACCGUGGAAAAACAAAGCCACACUUUACAGCUCACCUUAACUCACCGUUAGCAAAGGAGAAAUACAAUACCUCGUACAACCGCCUCUCCUUAGAAACAGUUUGUGGCACAGCCGCAAAUAUAAAUGACAUUUUAAAGGGGGAAAAUAUCGCAGCCACGCAGCUUCAAUAAA